GUCCGGGAGUGCGUGUGUGCGCGCGUGUGUGCGCGAGUGAGUGUGUGCGCGGGGGUGCGCGCGCGGGCGGGAGUGGGCGCGCGCGGGGAAAGGCCCGAAAACACCUUAGUUUGCACCGAGAGACCAUUUGCAGCGGAACCCGAAAGUUUGCAAGAGGAAGAGAGCGCACGGAGAGCAAGCGGGCAAGGGGCAGCGGCAGCGGCGCCGGGGACCAUGGUGCUGCCGGCGCCUCCUCCGCGGGCGUGAAGGCGGCGCUCCCACUCCCUCCCCGGACUCUGCCGGGGAUUUUUUUUUUUUCUUCAGUUGAUGGUAGUAAUCCCACCAGGUGAUCAAACACUGAAUUUCUGAAUCAAGCCAGCAAACCAAUGUCCCAGGACCUUUUGCUGACAAUUCCAGUUUCCAGACGGAACAUUUGGGCAAUGGUGAAGGCUUCCAGCCCUUCUCUGAUUUGCUGCCAACCAUGAACGGGUGGAUGUGAUGCUUGCUGGCCGAAAGGUGUCCCUCCGUGUGUUGCAGUCCUGUGGCAUUAUGCCUGCCUCCAACCAGUGACCCCCCCAGCUUUUUAUGGCUGUGAGACUCGUUAGAAGCUCAGGGGUAAGAAGUGACCUUUUGAGGUGACUAUACCUGAAGAUUGCUUUCCGGAAGCCAAAAAAGGUUUUUGAGUCAUGAUGCAAGAAUCUGGGACUGAGACAAAAAGUAACGGUUCAGCCAUCCAGAACGGGUCAAGCGGCGGCAACCACCUGCUCCCGUGCGCCGGGCUUCGCGAGGGGCGGUCCAACGGGGAGACGCCGGCCGCGGACGCGGGGGCGGCCGACCUCGCGCACGUGCAGCAGCAGCAGCAGCAGCAGGCACUUCAAGUGGCAAGACAGCUUCUCCUUCAGCAGCAACAGCAGCAGCAAGUUAGUGGAUUAAAAUCUCCCAAGAGGAAUGACAAACAACCAGCCCUUCAGGUUCCCGUGUCAGUGGCUAUGAUGACACCUCAAGUUAUCACUCCCCAGCAAAUGCAGCAGAUCCUGCAGCAACAGGUGCUGAGCCCUCAGCAGCUCCAGGUCCUCCUCCAGCAGCAGCAGGCCCUCAUGCUCCAACAGCAGCAGCUUCAAGAGUUUUAUAAAAAACAACAGGAACAGUUGCAGCUUCAACUUUUACAACAACAACAUGCUGGAAAACAGCCUAAAGAGCAGCAGCAGGUGGCUACCCAGCAGUUGGCUUUUCAGCAGCAGCUUCUACAGAUGCAGCAGUUACAGCAGCAGCACCUCCUGUCUCUGCAGCGCCAAGGCCUUCUCACAAUUCAGCCCGGGCAGCCCGCCCUUCCCCUGCAGCCCCUCGCGCAAGGCAUGAUUCCAACUGAACUGCAGCAGCUCUGGAAAGAAGUGACAAGUGCUCAUAGUGCAGAAGAAACCGCAGGCAGCAAUCACAGCAGUUUGGAUCUGACCACGACAUGUGUCUCCUCCUCUGCACCUUCCAAGACCUCCUUAAUAAUGAACCCACAUGCCUCUACCAACGGACAGCUCUCAGUCCACACCCCCAAAAGGGAAAGUUUGUCCCACGAGGAGCACCCCCAUAGCCAUCCUCUCUACGGACAUGGUGUAUGCAAGUGGCCAGGCUGUGAAGCAGUGUGCGAAGAUUUCCAAUCAUUUCUGAAACAUCUCAACAGUGAGCAUGCGCUGGACGAUAGAAGUACAGCUCAAUGUAGAGUACAAAUGCAGGUUGUACAGCAAUUAGAGCUACAGCUUGCAAAAGACAAAGAGCGCCUGCAAGCCAUGAUGACCCAUCUGCACGUGAAGUCAACAGAACCCAAAGCCGCCCCUCAGCCCCUGAAUCUGGUAUCAAGCGUCACACUCUCCAAGUCUGCAUCAGAGGCUUCUCCACAGAGCUUACCUCAUACUCCAACGACCCCAACCGCCCCCAUCACUCCUGUCACCCAAGGCCCCUCCGUCAUCACCACCACCAGCAUGCAUACGGUGGGACCCAUCCGCAGGCGGUACUCAGACAAAUACAACGUGCCCAUUUCUUCAGCAGAUAUCGCGCAGAACCAAGAGUUUUAUAAGAACGCAGAAGUUAGACCACCAUUUACAUACGCAUCUUUAAUUAGGCAGGCCAUUCUCGAAUCUCCAGAAAAGCAGCUAACACUAAAUGAAAUCUAUAACUGGUUCACACGAAUGUUUGCUUAUUUUCGACGCAAUGCUGCCACGUGGAAGAAUGCAGUGCGUCAUAAUCUUAGUCUUCACAAGUGUUUUGUGCGAGUAGAAAACGUUAAAGGGGCAGUAUGGACAGUGGAUGAAGUAGAAUUCCAAAAACGAAGGCCACAAAAGAUCAGUGGUAACCCUUCCCUUAUUAAAAACAUGCAAAGCAGCCACGCCUACUGCACACCUCUCAAUGCAGCUUUACAGGCUUCGAUGGCUGAGAAUAGUAUACCUCUAUACACUACCGCUUCCAUGGGAAAUCCCACUCUGGGCAACUUAGCCAGCGCCAUACGGGAAGAGCUGAACGGGGCAAUGGAGCAUACCAACAGCAACGAGAGUGACAGCAGUCCGGGCAGAUCCCCUAUGCAAGCUGUGCAUCCUGUGCACGUCAAAGAAGAGCCCCUCGAUCCAGAGGAAGCUGAAGGGCCUCUAUCCUUAGUGACAACAGCCAACCACAGUCCAGAUUUUGACCACGACCGAGAUUACGAAGACGAACCCGUAAAUGAGGACAUGGAGUGAGCGUCUCUGGGCAGGCCAACCCCAAGAACGAAGAUUGGGGGGGAAAAACACGUCAAAAGUCAGCAGUGAAAUUGUUCUCCAUUUGUUGUACAGUCUGGAGGAUUUUCACUCCAUUCGGACAACUCUGAAACGUGUUAACUCUGAGUGCCAUCAAGAAUCCCAUUUGGGAGUAUUUUUGAUUUUUCUACUUUUUGUUGAAAAAAGGAAUUUGUACUCUGUGCAUUGGAUGGACUUGUUUGGUACUUGGGAUUUUCCUCUCCUAACAGUCAACAUCAGUGUUGUAAAUUUGCUAAACUGAUUCACUUUUAGCAGCAGACUUUGAACUGCCGUCCUGCCGACGUGGGACACCGAGGACACCCAACUGAGCAUGUGCGUCUAAGCUGCAGACCAAGCCUCUGCCCAGAAUUUAAGGAUUCCAAUGGACGACCUAUUUGCACAGUACUGCAUGUUGAUUAUCACUGCCUUUACUCCUUUUUUUUUUUUUUCGUUUUUGUUUUGCUUCCAGUUGGGAUGGGGAAGGCCUUUGUGUGUGUAUUGGGGGGAGGGGGUUAAAAAAGUAAUUAUCCCAAACUUUUUAAUGUAUUGCUUUUUUUUUUUUUUUUUUUUUUUUUUUUUUGCUUCUACUAUACCAUUUUAAGUUCUGACCUCAGGCCUCCAUUUGGGCCCACGGCCUCCUGGAGGCUUAAAGUUUUCUGUACCUUGUGAUGAAUGUUAAUAGGUGUUUUUAUUAUACAAAGCUGAAUGUCAUUUCUUGUUUGUAGUUUUCUGUCACUCAUUCCAUUUUCCUUCAGACAUCACCACGUUUUCUCUAAAGUCAGAAAACAUUCCGUUUUGGUCUUUUUCAAAAAAGGUCCCAAAUGCUGCACUCUCUACACAUGAAGGUCCUCUCACACAGACCUGAAGUCCUGCCAGAAAGAGAAUGAAUGACAGAAAAAAAAGAGAGAGAGAGACACCCUAGGAACAAUGCAGAUUCAUUCCACGAAGCAGUAUUGGAGGUGGGAAGGGGGUGGUUUCAGUUUCUUUUUUGUUUUGUUUUUUGCAGCUACCAUCAUUGUCAGUAAAUGCCACAGCAUUCUGCGAGCACAAGGACACAUAGGCAGCACUACCCCCCCCCCCCCCCAACCCAGAUUCUCCUGCUAGACGGACAGUGUGGCUGUGGAAGGCUCUCCCACGGGUAACCAAGUUGCCAUGGGCCACAAGCUCUCUGAUGUUAAAACCAGCCUGGGUUGCUUUGUUUGCAAAAUGGCCAAAAAGCUGGCUUCCCUGAGCAACUCUGCUGAAAAGUGGUUGGCGGCGCUGAAUUUAAACAUCAGUCCAGACCUGCUUGGUGGCAUUAAUCUGUUUGAAUGCAAAUUAGAUUUCAGAUUGAAUUUGUGAUGGAAGUUAAUGAGGACUGAGUUCAGCAAAUGCUAAAGUGUUAAUUUCAAACGUGCAAAUUCGGUACUGCAGUUGAGUUUGUUAUGCAAUAUUAUCCCACCAAGCCAGUAUCCAAAACUAACAGUAGAAGACAUCGAGGAGACGGGGGUGCAUGGCGCCCCUGAGCGUUUGGAGAAAGAAACGUGGCAUAUGCCGAACGUGACGGCCAUCGGUCAGUACAACCUCAGUCCUUAGGAACCCCUCAGUGCUUCCACUCUGCACCCACUUUCCUGUCACUCAUUUAUUUAUCUAGGACCGUAGCUUUUGUUUUAGUUUGAGAGCCUUUUGGAGCUUAAUUUAUAUUCUUUGUACCUUUUUUUCUAAAAUUACCAAAGAUAUUACACAAAGGUAAAUUAUGUUCUCUGUUUUAUGCUUUAUCUGAUGAAGCCAAAUAUCCUCUUAUUGUUGAUCAAAGGAGGCGAAAGAAUUUUAGAGGCAAUUGAUGAGUUAUAGGCUAUUGCUAACCUGAGAAAGAGAACUGCUCCUUCUUCAUAGAAUAAAUUUAGAAGACCAAGUAGGUAAUGGAACCAAAGUUGUUAUUUUUGUUAUUUUUUUUUUUUCUUGUUCUGUACCUCGACAGAGACCAAAAUUCCUAAAGAGAGAUUAUGGGGCUGCUGAAGGUGAAAAUGGGGCACAGUGUUACAGGAGCGAAAGAAGGAAGGGAGUCCCAUCUCAAAAACCUGAAUGGAUGCCACUGAAAAUUAGGGGUAACCAGUAAAGGAGACAGUUAAGAAAAAAUGUAAAGAAAACAAAAACUUCUACAUUGGAACUAAAUCGCAGGCACAUUUCUAGAAUACAUUUUUGUUUUUCUUUUUACAGAAAGAGGUAUGCCACUUUGGUUUUAAGGACCAUGCUAGGAUCACUGCAUGUAUUAUGCUUUGUCUUGGCAUAUAUCUUCCGGUUUUUUGUUGGUUUUUUUUUUUUUUUAAUGUUUUCCUUUUUCCUUCCUUUUUUUCUAAUUAGGCUUUGGUCAGCAUUUUCCAUUGAAAGAAAAAAAAAAAAAGUAACACUCCCGUCCACUCAUGAGCUUGGUACAAAAACUUCUUUGGCCAUUUCUUUUGAAGCUUCACUGUGCUUUCUGUAUAAAGGGCAGUCUGUGGUCACUCGAGACUUUUUUUUUUUUUUUUAACUUUUCCAGGCAGCUUCAUGAUGUGCAGGCAGUAGCCAGACAGGGUCAUGGGAAGGGGGCCCUGUGCUUCUAAACUGAGUGGUUGCUGGUUCGUUUGGUAUUCAAAAGAGGAUAAAAAUCUGGUAGAUUAGUUCAUUCUCAGCAUGUGUAGCUAGACAUGAGUAAAGAUAACAGCAUGAGAAACUGUUAGUACGCAUACCUCAGUUCAAACCUUUAGGGAAUGAUGAAAAUAAAAAAAAAAAAUACAUUUCACUCAGUUGCACUUAGUCGUAUGUCUUGCAUGCUUAGUCUAAAGACUGUAGCAAAAAAAAAAAAAAAAAGAAAAAUUAGAUUUUACAUAUCUUUGCAGGUCUCCCAACCCUGCAGAAGAACCAAUUGAAAAAAAAAAUUCUCAGGCUUUACAGCAAGCAAACUUCACUAUGAUUUUUACAAUUCUGAUUCUGUAUCCCUUGGGGGGGGUUAUUCCAGUCGCUUCUUUAGGAUGGGGUUUAUUAUGUUGUACAUAUAUUCCAAUGUGUCUUGUGUGAAUCUUUGUCUUUUUUGGGGGAGGGCAGAGGGCGGUUCUUUUUUUAGAUAUUGUUCCUAAAAAGGAAUAAAUGCAUACACCUGUUUGUCAAACACCUUUGCUUUUUGUGCAACUGCUUUAUAUUAACGAUACUAAAAAAAAAAAAAAUAGCUUUGGGAAAAAACUACUGUAUGUAAUGGAAUUGCAGAAUUUGCUGCACAUGUAUUUUAUUUAGUUAUCCUUGCUUUAAGAAUAUUGGAUGACAUUUCCUGACAUGUGGGAGGGAGAAAUUCCCUAACCUUUUUUUUUUUUUCCUUUUAAAUUGUAACAUAGUUGACAGAUUUUUUUUUUUUCUGUUCUCAUUGAUCAGAGCAUUUUGUACAGAUUCGUGUGUGUGUGCGUGCGCGUGUGUGUUAACCUGUUUUUUGAUACAUUCCUAUCCCUUGUGUUUAUCCCACCACUGCCUUCCUGGCUAUCUUAAACAAGUUCAUACAUUUGAAAAGAGAAAAAAAAAUGCUGUUUAAAAAAAUGUUUUCUCCUGCUGCAGUAAAUAUUUUGCAUGAUGAAAUUCCAGGGUCACACUUUCAAAGUUUAUCAGUGAAGUAGUGAUUAAUAAUGGGGAGUUGUCAAAGCUAUUGAACUUUUUUGUAUAAAAAAAAAAAAAAAACUUUACAAGGUGCCAAGAUGUAAAGACAAUUUGUUACUUUUCCUUUUCCUUUUUUUUUUUUUUUCCUCCAAAGAAAAGCGUACAUUAGGGAGACAGUCCCUUGUAUCAGGCAAAUGCACUGUCAGGAAUGAGAAUCCAUCCUACUUGUCCCUAGAGUCUGUCCUUGUAAGACAAGUGACGCUGCCCGCGUUGAAAACCAGCAGUGAAAUGAAAUAUCAAGGCUUCUGUACACGAAGAGUGACCGCCAACCUUGCCACCCUCGGACAGCGCUAACAUUACAGCCAGCAUUCCGUCAGACCUAGGAAAGAAUACCUUGGAUUCUUAACCCAAAAUCGAUUGAUGUAAAUCACUAGCUAUUUUAUUGUGGGGGGAAAAAAAGUUAAAAAAAAUAUCUCCUGUCCUUUCCACAUUCCAACUGAGCUCCGUUUCCAAGGGUACAAAGAAGAACAUGCUUGUAAGGAUUUUGAAUCUUUUGGGUACCUGUUGGUUAAUGGUAUAUAUACCCUCUUGAUAUUUUGGAUGUUUUUGAAUGUUGGUUUCGCUUUUUUAUCCUGAGAAUGAGACUUAAAAUUCUAAAGGCAUUUUAUGGGGCCGGUGUAGUUCCCACGAUCUCUGCUACCCAGAAGCCUUGAUGAAGAUGGUCUAGUCUGGACUAUGAGCACGGUGCUUCGUGGAUAUGUGCUGCCAGUAACAAGAAUUUUUUUUUUCUGUUUUGUUUUGUUUUGAUAAGGCAUAAAAGAAACUCAUUCCUUGACAUCAACUGUAAUUCCAUCAUUCCGUGUCUGUGGAUACAGACAAUAAAAAAAAAAAAAUGUUGUGUAGUCAGUACUCAUGACUGACAUUAUAGCAUUCUCAAAUGCAAUAAAAAUGCUGUUUGUUCACACUGGUAGUAAAAAGUCGCCACAGCCUAAGUUUCUUUCCCCUUCUGACCUGCUGAUACUGUAUGUUAGGCAUCUGCCUUAGGUUUAUCACCAGCUGCUUGCAACACAGAAUUAAAAUCAAUCUUAACUAAAAGCUUUCAUCAUCACAGAGGGCUGAAGCUCUCAUCCUCAGGGUUUCAAAGUCCCGAGUUUCCACUUAGAGAAACUGGAAAAAAAACAAAAGCGAUAGAAGCUACCUUUUCUCCCGAGGAAGUGCACCCUUAUUUUUCUUCAUCAAAUUUUAUCCAGAAAAAAAAACCCACAAAAUGUUUAAUAACUAGCAUUAAGAGCAAACUAAAAUUUCACAGGAAAGCAAUUUCAUGAAUAAUUCAUUAAAAUUUCACAUCUGCAAGAUUAGUCAUCCAAAUAAAAUGCUAAUGUCAAAAACAUGCACCGUCUAUAAUAUUCUCAUCAAGAAAUCUUUUUGCAUAUAAUGAUAAAUGCUUAGAUUAGAACAAAUGAUUUUAUAAAAAUAUUCUAUCAAAAGUAUGCUAGAUAACCACAUCCACUACAGCAAACAGUGAAGCACGAGGAACUAAAUAUUCCAGAAAUACCAUCUUGAUUUCAAGAUUUGUGUCACCGCAUACCUUGAUAAAAACAAAAAAGCAAAAAACCUGCUAUUUGUCUUUUAAAUUAUUAUGUCGUGUGUAUUCUAAGGAUCGAUGAGAAGGGGCAUCAUCUUUCAGUAAAAAUUAAAUUGGUAUAUUGAAAACAGCACUUGAAGUGGCCAAACCGUAGUAACAUAAAACCCUUCUGGAUGUAAUUCAGAUCAUAGCACAAGCCAAAAGAGGACUUGAAAAUUAACCAAGCUGCUGUUCGGCCAAACACCGGCUGCCGGUGAGGAACACGUAAACGUGCUUUCCGAGCAUUGUUUUGAAAAGCCCGUCUUAGGGGGACAAAAUUUUUUUAAUAUAGGUUUUGCUAUUAAGUUGCAAAGUAGUGUCCUCUUUUCAUUAACAGUUAUGCUACAGUCUAGAAGCCCUCUAGUCUGAUAAUUAAUAAAACAUUUGAACCCUUAAUUCUCAUCUAGCUGCUAAGAAUAUAAUAUUAGGGUUAAUUGAAAUUCCUUUAAAUGCCAGGCUUACACAUAAAUACUGCUUACAGCAUAUGCAGUUGGUAAAAUUAAAUAUGUACACAUAUUUGAAUAAGCUGAAGGACCCAAACCAAGUAUGACCAUGCGUUAGUGAAGGCUGUAUGCACAGUCCCUUUUUAGUUGUAUUUCUGGAAUUCUUCUGAAGCAGGAACAUGCUCUUUUGCUCAUUCAUUUAAGGCUUGUUGCUCAGAGAAAUGAGGCAGGAAACCCAAAAUACUGGUUCGUUUAAAUGGAGGCCUUUAUAUAUUAAGAGCCUCGAGUCUUAGACUAAUUUCACACCAACACAAACAGCUACAAUAUACUAACUCCCCAUGUCCCCGUCCUCCACUCCCCCCCCCCCCAUCAAAAAGACCAAAACAAAGUAUAAUUAGUCAUUCUUGACUUACUAGAUUUUGCGUUCUUUGAUAUUACCUAUUUACGUAGAGGGUAGUAAUCAUGAUUUGUCUUUCAUCUCCAUUGUAGUAGAGUCAAAUAAAAGUAUUCUUUAUUAAAGUGAA